AUGACCAUGCAUAACAAAGUUUUGUUCGUAUUAUUUUCUUUGUCCUCCUUGACUGUCACUACGAUGGGCCGGGUAAUUCCAAAGGAUACUCGAUUAGAUGAGUUUCAGCGUUAUUACAAUCUUCUGGAAGACGAAAGAGUCAAGCAAGAUAAAGCACUGGAUUUUAUUCACCGACAGCUCGAAGAUACUGCUUUGUACACGGCGGACCAAUUUCAAUCAAAUGUAGAAGGACUCAUCGGGUCUCACUUACAGCGCAGUUACUUUCGUGGACAAAUGGUCGAGUACAUUCCAUUGGACCCAGUCCUGGAUACCGAUGGCCUGGAAUAUUUAGAAGUGGUUGGUCGUAGAUAUACCGAGGAGACACUCCACAGUGCAAGAGAACUCAAAUCACUGGCCAUCGAAGUUCCCGACGCUGUGUAUCACGCACAACAAAUAGAGUCUAACCAAGCUAAAAUUACUGCACUUGAGGAUUUGUUGCUCAAAGUGGCUCUUCCACAUGCCCAAACAUCUUCAGAAAAGGCUCUGUCCAUUGAGGAUUUCUUGGGUGCAGAAGACUUGAGCAUUCAAGCAAAAGAGUUUGACGAUAGUCCUAUGUCUUUUGAAGAAUUUGUACGAGCGUUCAAAGAGGAAAAAGUCGAGACAAAGGAAACGGAGUACAGCAUGAUCACAACCUCGAGAAUCUCUGAGAGCGACGGAGAAAUUUUACAAUCCACUUCAGAAACGAUUGUUGACAUUUCGACGACUGAGACGGUCACUACUACUUGGGGAUGA